ACCGCGACGAGCCCAGGUCGCCGUUGGCAGCAGCAGCAGCAGCCCCGGCGGCGGCGCGGACCCUGAGUGCCCGGGCGCACCCCAGCUCCCCAGAGCGCGUUACGGCAACAGCACCGGUGUGGCCGCGCGCGCCUUAGGCUCGGCUCCGCGGCUCCGAGACCCCGACUCUCGGCCCAGCCAGCGAGUCCCCAGGCGCCGCCCGAGAGCCCCGGGAGGCAGCGGCCGCGGGCAGCCGGGCCGGGGGGCGGCCACCGCCCGCGCCGGGCAUCCUCGGGAACCCCGGAGCGCGGAGGGCGCUGCGCCACCGAGCGGUGCUGGUCCCUGCGGGCCUCCCUGGACCUUCCCCACCUCCUGGGCCCGAGGGACGCGUGCUCAGGCGGGUGGCCGGGCGAAAGGGUGGGAGGGAGCCGCCCCCGCCCGCGCCCCCUCCGCCCCUCACCCCAGCCCCUCCACGCCGGGCCCGGGUGGCGCGGCCUGAAGCGCUGGUGAUGGCCAGCCCGCCGCUGCACGGGCCCCCGGGGCCGGCGAGUGGAGACGGCCCCAAUCUCAACAACAACAACAACAACAACCACGGCGUGCGCAAGUGCGGCUACCUGCGCAAGCAGAAGCACGGCCACAAGCGCUUCUUCGUGCUCCGCGGGCCCGGCGCGGGCAGCGAUGAAGCGACAGCGGGCGGGGGGUCGGCGCCGCAGCCGCCGCGGCUCGAGUACUAUGAGAGCGAGAAGAAGUGGCGGAGCAAGGCGGGCGCCCCGAAGCGGGUGAUCGCGCUCGACUGCUGCCUGAACAUCAACAAGCGCGCCGACGCCAAGCACAAGUACCUGAUCGCCCUCUACACCAAGGACGAGUACUUCGCGGUGGCGGCAGAGAACGAGCAGGAGCAGGAGGGCUGGUAUCGCGCGCUUACCGACUUGGUCAGCGAGGGCCGGUCGGGCGCCGGCGACGCGCCCCCCAACGCCGCGGCCACCUCCGGGUCCUGCAGCGCCUCUUUGCCGGGUGCCCUGGGCGGCUCGGCCGGCGCUGCCGGGGCCGAUGACAGCUACGGGCUGGUGUCUCCCGCCACGGCCGCCUACCGCGAGGUGUGGCAGGUGAACCUGAAGCCCAAGGGUCUGGGCCAGAGCAAGAACCUGACGGGCGUGUACCGCCUGUGCCUGUCGGCGCGCACCAUAGGCUUCGUGAAGCUCAACUGCGAGCAGCCGUCGGUGACGCUGCAGCUCAUGAACAUCCGCCGCUGCGGCCACUCGGACAGCUUCUUCUUCAUCGAGGUGGGUCGCUCGGCGGUCACUGGCCCCGGCGAGCUGUGGAUGCAGGCUGACGACUCGGUGGUGGCGCAGAACAUCCAUGAGACCAUCCUGGAGGCCAUGAAGGCGCUCAAGGAGCUCUUCGAGUUCCGUCCGCGCAGCAAGAGCCAGUCGUCAGGGUCGUCGGCCACGCACCCCAUCAGUGUCCCAGGCGCGCGGCGCCACCACCACCUGGUCAACCUGCCCCCCAGUCAGACUGGCCUGGUGCGCCGCUCCCGCACCGACAGUCUGGCCGCCACCCCACCGGCUGCCAAGUGCAGCUCAUGUCGAGUGCGCACAGCCAGCGAGGGCGACGGUGGCGCGGCAGCGGGGACCGGGGCUGGGGGCGGCAGGCCGGUGUCGGUGGCCGGGAGCCCCCUGAGCCCCGGGCCGGUGCGCGCGCCCCUGAGCCGCUCGCACACCCUGAGCGGCGGCUGCGGUGGCCGCGGGAGCAAAGUGACGCUGGCACCGGCAGGGGGCGCCCUGCAACACAGCCGCUCCAUGUCAAUGCCGGUGGCGCACUCGCCUCCGACCGCCACCAGCCCCGGCAGCCUGUCGUCCAGCAGCGGGCACGGCUCGGGCUCCUACCCGCCGCCUCCGGGCCCCCACCCGCACCUGCCGCACCCCCUGCACCACCCUCCAGGCCAGCGGCCCUCCAGCGGCAGUGCCUCAGCCUCCGGCUCCCCCAGCGACCCCGGCUUCAUGUCCCUGGACGAGUACGGCUCCAGCCCUGGUGACCUGAGAGCCUUCUGUAGCCACAGGAGCAACACGCCCGAGUCCAUUGCGGAGACCCCCCCGGCCAGGGACAGCAGCGGGGGCGAGCUGUAUGGGUACAUGACCAUGGACAGGCCCCUGAGCCACUGUGGCCGCCCCUACCGCAGAGUCUCAGGAGAGGGGGUCCAGGACUUGGACAGAGGGCUGAGGAAGAGGACUUACUCCCUGACCACACCUGCCCGGCAGCGGCCGGUGCCCCAGCCCUCCUCGGCCUCCUUGGAUGAAUACACCCUGAUGCGGGCCACCUUCUCAGGCAGCUCAGGCCGCCUGUGCCCAUCGUGCCCCGCAUCUUCUCCCAAAGUGACUUACCACCCCUACCCGGAGGACUACGGGGACAUCGAGAUUGGAUCCCACAGGAGCUCCAGUAGUAAUCUGGGGGCGGACGACGGCUACAUGCCCAUGACCCCUGGCGUGGCCCUCAUGGGCAGUGGCGGUGGCAGCUGCAAGAGCGACGAUUACAUGCCCAUGAGCCCCACCAGCGUGUCUGCCCCAAAGCAGAUCCUGCAGCCCAGGGCGGCCACUGCAGCCUUGCCUCCCACAGGAGCCGCCAUGCCAGCGCCCACCUCUGCGGCCAGCAGGACCUUUGCAGGGAACGGCGGCAGCUACAAGACCAGCUCCCCCGCGGAGAGCUCCCCUGAGGACAGUGGGUACAUGCGGAUGUGGUGUGGUUCCAAGCUGUCCAUGGAGAAUGCCGACAGCAAGCUGCUUCCCAACGGGGACUACCUCAACAUGUCCCCCAGCGACGCGGGCACCUCCGGUACUCCACCCGACUUCUUCUCUGCAGCCUUGCACGCUGGGGGCGAGAUGCUCAAAGGCGUCCCUGGCUACUGCUACAGCUCUCUGCCCCGCUCCUACAAGGCCCCAUACACCUGUGGCGGGGGCAACGACCAGUAUGUGCUCAUGAGCGCCCCCGUGGGGCGGAUCCUGGAAGAGGAGAGGCUGGAGCCGCAGGCCACCCCAGGGAGCACUCCAUCGGCCAGCGCCUUUGGGGCUAGUGGGGGUGGCCACACCCAGCCUCAUCACCCAGUAGUGCCUUCGCCCGUCAGGCCGAGUGGCAGCGGCCGCCCAGAGGGCUUCCUGAGCCAGCGCUGUCGGGCCGUGAGGCCCACGCGGCUGUCUCUGGAGGGGCUGCAGACCCUGCCCAGCAUGCAGGAGUACCCGCUGCCGCCAGAGCCCAAAAGCCCCGGCGAGUACAUCAACAUUGACUUUGGCGAGGCGGGAGCCCGCCUGUCGCCGCCUGCCCCCCCGCUGUUGGCGUCGGCGGCCUCGUCCUGCUCGCUGCUGUCUGCUGGCAGCCCAGCCUCGUCCCUGGGCUCCGGCACGCCGGGCACCAGCAGUGACAGCCGGCAGCGCUCCCCGCUCUCUGACUACAUGAACCUGGACUUCAGCUCGCCCAAGUCACCCAAGCCGGGCACCCAGAGUGCGGACCCCGUGGGCUCCUUGGACGCCCUCCUCUCCCCCGAGGCCUCUUCUCCAUACCCGCCGCUGCCCCCGCGCCCUCCCGCCUCGACAGCGUCCUUGCAGCAGCCGCCGCCCCCGCCACCCCCAGGGGAGCUGUACCGCCUGCCUCCGGCUUCAGCUGUGGCCGCCACCCAGGGCCCUGGCGCUGCCUCGUCGUUGUCCUCCGAGACUGGGGACAAUGGUGACUACACCGAGAUGGCCUUUGGCGUGGCUGCCACCCCGCCACAACCUAUCGCGGCCCCCCCAAAGCCGGAAGGUGCCCGAGUGAUCAGCCCUACGUCUGGCGUGAAGAGGCUGAGUCUUAUGGAUCAGGUGUCGGGGGUCGAGGCUUUCCUGCAGGCCAGCCAGCCCCCAGACCCACACCGGGGCGCCAAGGUCAUCCGCGCAGACCCACAAGGGGGCCGCCGCCGCCACAGCUCGGAGACCUUCUCCUCGACUACGACCGUCACCCCCGUGUCCCCAUCCUUCGCCCACAACCCUAAGCGCCACAACUCGGCCUCAGUGGAAAACGUCUCUCUCAGGAAAAGCAGCGAGGGCAGUGGCGGCGUCCUUGGUGGGGGCCCAGGAGGCGGCGAAGAGGCACCCAUGUCCCCCAGCAAGCUGCAGCCGUCACUCCCGGUGCCCUCUCUCCCACCGCAGGCCCGCCCACGGGCCCCAGCUCAGCCAGGGGGCUUGGUCGGCUGCCCCGGGGGCAGUGGUUCUCCAAUGCGCAGAGAGACUUCUGCCGGCUUCCAGAAUGGUCUCAACUACAUUGCCAUCGACGUGAGGGAUGAGCCGGGGCUGAGCCAGCCGCAACCGCAGCCAGGAGAGAAGAGUUCCUGGGGGCGGACCCGUAGCCUUGGGGGUCUCAUCAGCGCUGUGGGCGGUGGCAGCAGCGGGGUGUGUGGGGGGCCAGGCCCUGGCGCCCUGCCCUCUGCCAACACCUACGCCAGCAUUGACUUCUUGUCCCAUCACUUGAAGGAGGCCACGAUUGUGAAAGACAUCCAUGACCUAUCCAGGAAAGCCCCCUUACCUUCCUGUGCAAAGGAGGCUUCCCUGCCACCGGCACCCCCCAGCGCUCAGAGUGCUGCCUGCUGCUCUGAAAACUCUCUGCUCUCGGCCCCCUGCCAUCUGCCUCGGUGGCCAGGGUGGGUGGAGGAGGGAAACGCCACCUGGCCGGGCAGCUCUGUGUCACCAGCCCAUCAGGCUGAGGUGGGAGUCUGUCGCAGAGUGAAGAUACGUCUGGCUUUAUCACCAUGAGGUCACACAUCAGAGAACAUCGUUAAAAGAAGAUGCUCAGCAUAUUUUUCAAUCUGAAGCUGCUUACAGUUUUUCUUUUGGCUCUGAGCAAUUCCUGCGUUUGGAAACCUGUGGGCCAUGCUAGACAAGGAACCAACCAGGCAGGGUCACCUGCCUCUUUCACUUGUUCCAAUAUGGGGCAUUCAUCAUUGUGUUUGUGUGUUGUUUUGUUUUUUUAACAAAAUUAGCUGAAGAAGUCAUUCUCAAGAAAAUUGGAUGUUUUCAUUGGCCUCCUUAAAUUGUGGGCAGUGUCUUCAUUUCUUCUUACUUUCACUUUGGCAAAGCAAAUGUAUCCCUCAGCAUGCUAGGAGAUUCUACCAAUACCCAGUCAAGUGGUAAAAUCUGGUAUGUACUUACCCUCAAGACUACCACAGUCCUACCUCAGUUCAAGGUAAAGCCGGAUAUGCGUGGUCGGGGCACCGCGGGACUCCUGUGCACCUCUGCUCCUCUGUCUGAGUGUGGUCGUCGGCCUUAUCGAACUGGUUCAAGUAGACAGCUGCUUGUCGGACUCCAAUCCAGGUACCUGCGAUGUUUACUACACACAGAGCCCAGCGUGGGACUGACGUUUCUCAACGGGAGUGAAAUUUGGGAUUGGACUUCGAAGACGGACUAAUAAAUAAUAAUUAUUAUAUGUAACUGAAGCAACCUACUUUUGAAAAUCAUCAACUGUAUUGCGUAGUGGGGGUGGGUGGGAGGGAAGGGGUUGGGGAAGGGGGGUGAAUAUCUCUUUUUACCUUGAACAGACUUGUUUAAUCUUCUCUAUGUAGAUGUUUAUGUAGGUACUUCAAAUUGCAAAAGCCUUUUAUCCUAUUUACAAGCUCAAAUGUCUCUGCUAUCCUUAAUCUUGGGCUUGCAUUUCUUUAACCAAAAAUUCAUGUAGGCAUGCUAGGAAUUCCAGGGUGGUCCGGGUUUGGCAGAUUUAAUUUUUAAACAUGUAUUAUCUUUAAUA